AUGUCAGAAGAAGCUGUUACUGAGGCACGAUUUUCUCUGAAGACUGUAGCUUUGCGGGUAUUUCAUCUUCCCCUUUAUUGGUAUUGUUCUCUUAACCAGAUAAAGCUUUCCCCUGGAUUAAAGAAGCUCUUCACAGUAACAGCAGUGAGUGCAAUAUCUGUUAUUUUUCUGGCCCGUCAUUUUAAAAGAAGACGUGGAAAGAAAACCAAGAAAGUGCCACCAUGGGAACCAAGUCAUCUAGUAUUAGAGUGUACCAAAGCAGCUGCAUCAGAAAAAGGUUCUAGUUGUUCCAGUAGUCGGCAAAACUUGACUCUUUCUCUGAGCUCUGCCAAGGAAAAAGGAUCUCAGUCUUGUAUCUAUGCAAAUGGGGGACUUUUCAGUAAAUACUCCGGUUCAGUUCAGAGUCUGGUCUCGGUUCAGAGUGCCACCUCUUGUCACAGUUGUGCUUGUGGCAAUUCUAAUUCCUGGGAUAAAGCAGACGAAGAUGAUGUUAAGCUUGUCAAUAUUCCAGUGACCACACCUGAAAAUUUAUAUUUGAUGGGCAUGGAGCUUUUUGAAGAAGCACUGCGUCGAUGGGAGCAGGCGCUAACUUUCCGUAACAGGCAAGUUGAAGAUGAAGCAAGUUGUGGUUCCAUUAAGCUGGGAGCAGGAGAUGCAAUUGCAGAAGAAAGCGUAGAAGAUAUCAUUAGUGCUGAAUUCAUUCAUAAGCUUGAAUCCCUUCUUCAAAGAGCUUAUCGUCUUCAAGAGGAGUUUGAGGCUACCCUUGGGGCCUCUGAUCCUGCCUCUCUAGCUAAUGAUAUUGAUAAACAUACAGACGUUACCGUAAAGGAUAAUACGGAUGAUUUCUGCCUUCGAGAUACAUUAAGCAUUGCAUCAACAGACUCCUUUGUUUCCACAGCUGAGCUUACAGAGCACAGAGAGACUCGUAACACGUAUGGUCUAGAUUCCCUUUGCCAUUGCCCAUUGUAUGAGGAAGCUAUGCACUUAGCAGAAGAAGGCAAAAUUUAUUCACGAGUGUUAAGGACUGAAAUGUUUGAAUGUCUAGGAGACAGUGACUUCCUUGCUAAGCUUCAUUGUAUUCGACAAGCUUUUCAGAUAAUUCUUUCAGAAACAUCAAACAGAAUAUUUCUUGCUGAAACUGGAAGAAAAAUUUUGUCUGCUUUAAUUGUGAGAGCACGAAAGAAUCCAAAGAAAUUUGAAGAUGUCUUUGAUGAAAUGAUAUAUUUUUUGGAACAAACAGAUCACUGGGAUAAUACUGAAAUGGAACUUGCUGCUAGAGGAGUGAAAAACGUGAAUUUUUAUGAUGUUGUUCUGGACUUCAUAUUAAUGGAUUCAUUUGAAGAUUUAGAAAAUCCACCAAUUUCUAUACAGAAUGUAGUAAAUAACCGCUGGCUGAAUUCCUCUUUUAAAGAAACAGCUGUAGCUUCAAGCUGUUGGUCAGUACUGAAGCAGAAACGACAGCAAAUGAAGGUGCCUGAUGGAUUUUUUGCACAUUUCUAUGCUAUAUGUGAACAUAUCAGCCCUGUUUUGGCAUGGGGCUUUUUGGGGCCUAGAAAUUCCCUUUAUGACCUAUGCUGCUUCUUCAAGGAUCAAGUGCUUUUCUUCCUCAAAGACAUUUUUGAUUUUGAAAAGGUGAGAUACUCAACUAUGGAGAGUUUGGCUGAAGAUCUGAUGCAAUUAUUAAUCCGACACACUGAACUUUUAAUGGCCUAUCUUGGAGCAGAUUCACUAAGACAUGUCGGUGCUUGCGUAAGUGGUCAUGGCCAUGUCAUCACCAGUGGGCUCUUAGAAGCAAAAGUACAGUAA